ACAGGCACUCCGCACAGUGUAUUGAUAUGCAGCCUCAGAUCACACAGUGCCUAGAGAAAUAACAAAAUAAAUAAAUAGAUAAAUAAAUAAUCCAGCAGGUCGAUUCCUCCGCUGCUCUUUGAAUGUGGGUGGCUGCUGUACUUCAUCGGCCGGCUGGCCCAGUCCCGGUGAUCCCUGCUUCCAGCCCGAACCCGAAACUUUACUGCAAGCAACAAGCGCUUCGUUUCGGUGACCCUUUUCGGCCGAAACGAUUGGAAGUUUCGGCAUCAAAGAAGCAGCUUUCGACGCAGAAGCCAGAGGGUGAGAACGGAGCAGAAGUAACGGGUGGUGAAGAAUUUGAUUUGGGAUGGUUGCCUGCUUUACCCCAUGGGUUGUUGGCUUCCAUGUCCAAUUUCCUCUUUGGUUAUCAUAUAGGCGUAAUGAAUGGUCCCAUUGUAUCAAUUGCACGGGAGCUUGGUUUCGAAGGAAACUCACUACUUGAGGGACUUGUGGUGAGCAUAUUUGUUAUUGGUGCAUUUAUUGGAAGCAUAAGCUCAGGUUCCUUGUGCGACAAACUUGGUUGUCGACGAACUUUUCAGAUUGACACAAUACCAUUGGUUCUUGGGGCUAUUAUAAGUGCACAAGCUCAUUCAGUCAAUGAAAUGCUUUGGGGAAGAUUUCUUGUUGGCCUUGGUAUUGGUGUGAACACAGUUCUUGUUCCAAUUUAUAUUUCAGAGGUUGCUCCAACAAAAUAUAGGGGUUCACUGGGAGCCUUGUCUCAAAUUGGCACGUGCCUUGGGAUUAUUGCAUCCCUAUUUUUAGGAAUCCCCUCUGAAGACGAUCCGCAUUGGUGGAGGACUAUUCUCUAUAUUGCAAGUGUCCCUGCUUUUAUUGUUGCCUUUGGUAUGCAGUUCGCUGUAGAGAGCCCCCGAUGGCUAUAUAAAGUAGGGAGACUGAAUGAUGCUAGAACAACCAUUCAGAACCUUUGGGGAUCAUCUGAAGUUGACAAAGUGGUUGAAGAAUUUCAGUCAGUCAUUAGAAAAAAUGGUAGUGACUUGGACAGCAAAUGGUUGGAACUCCUUGAAGAGCCACACUUGAGAGUUGCAUUCAUUGGGGGUGCACUUUUUGUACUUCAACAGUUUGCGGGCAUUAAUGGGGUUCUUUAUUUUUCAUCCUUGACUUUCAAAGAUGAGGGAAUCACAAGUGGUCCUUUUGCAAGCUUCUUAGGAGGAAUUACCAACUUUGCAGGAUCAAUUAGUGCUUUAUACUUAGUUGAUAAGCAAGGGAGACAAAGGCUUUUAAUUGGGAGCUACUUGGGAAUGGCUGUCUCAAUGUUUCUCGUUGUCUAUGGCAUCAGUUCUGCUGUUGAUGAGCAACUUGGUCACAAUUUAUCGAUACUGGGAACUGUCAUGUACAUAUUCACCUUUGCUCUCGGAGCUGGUCCUGUAACUGGUCUUAUCAUAUCAGAGCUUAGCAGCAACAGAACACGUGGAAAGAUUAUGGGCUUCAGUUUAUCUGUUCACUGGGUUUGUAACUUUGUUGUGGGUCUGUUCUUCCUUGAACUGGUGGAGAAAUUUGGAGUUGCUUCGGUUUAUGCAAGCUUCGGCGGAAUUUCCAUCUUAUCCGCAAUAUUUGCUUAUUAUUUCUUAGUUGAAACUAAAGGCCGCUCCCUCGAGGAAAUAGAGAUCUCACUAGAUCCCAAAUUUGCCUCCAAGGAUGAUUGAUGGUAUUCCACUCCCAAGUUUGAGUUGAUAAAAGAGGUUCUUCUUCAGCUGCGUGGCGAAGAUAGUUUUGCUUAAUUGGUCACUAUUUCUAGCAUCAAGUUCUUUGAAUGGGAGAUUCUUUUUGCUUAAUUGGUCACUAUUUCUAGCAUCAAGUUCUUUGAAGGGGAGAUUUGUAAUGCUGCUAUAUCAAAAGCAGCAAAUUGUUUCAGAUUUUUGCAUUAGCACCACAAUACCAAGUGACUUGAGAUA